AUGCUUCGGUGGCUGUGGGAAUGGCUGUUCAAGCCUGCGGAGACCAAGCCCACGGAGACCUCCCUGCAUGCGGAGCGCAGACAGAAGGGCGCGGCCAGCGGGAGCGCCCCCGUACCCCCGGACCCUGCGACCAGCCUGGUCUUCUGGACGCUGCUGGCGCACGGCAGCCCCGCAUACCAGGUGGAGGGUUUCUCCAGCAUCCAGGAGCUCUACGCCAAGAUCGCGGACAUGUUUGGGAUCUCGCCGUCAGAGAUCUUAUAUUGUACUUCAAACACUCCUAAAGUAGACAUGGAAAGACUGACAGGAGGACAAAUAGGACUGAACGAUUUCAUCUUUGCCCACGUGAGAGGAAGGAAAAAAGAAGUACGUUUAUGUAAAUCCGAAGAUUCACCUGAUCUCAUCCUUUCAGACAAUGGUGCUGGCUGUGUUUUUAUAAAGAGAAUUAGAGAUGGUGGCAUUAUUCACUUAGUCCAAACCAUUUGUGUGGGGGAUCAUAUUGAAUCUAUAAAUGGAGAAAGUGUUGUUGGCUGGUGUCACUAUGCUGUUGCUCAGAAGUUCAAGGAAUUGAAAAAAUGGGAACACUUUACCAUGACGUUAAUAGAACCUAAGAAGGCACCUGAAAUACAGCCGAGGUCAAAAGCUGGAAAGUCAUUAGCAGAACAGUUGCCAGAAGGAGAAAACCUUCCUAGGAAAUCUCUUCGCCUCAGGUCAAAAGGAACUGCCAUCAUAGAAGAAAUGCCUUCUGGAGCCGAAGCAAAGGCAAUUGAAAGGAUUGAUGACCUUCUUGAAUUGUACAUGGGAAUUCAAGAUGCUGACUUAGCUACUGAAAUAUUUGAAGCUGGAAAGGACAAAGAUACUUCAGAGGAACUUGUUAAGGCACUCAAAGAAGUUCUUGAAGACUUUAUAUUCCCAGAAGAAGUUGUCCCUGAUGUUUGGAAAGCCAUUCGUGAUGCCAGAAGGAUAAAUGGCCCUCUCUAAAGAAAUGAACCAUUCUUUUUAUUUUUAAAAAGCCCCAUGAGAUCUACUUUUGGAUGCAAUAAUUAGUACAAUUAAACUCUGAUUUAAUUAUAUGUGUAUGGAAUUCAUUGUUUGAAAUGUAAUU